UAUCUCUUUUUUUUUUGGGUUAAAAUCUCUCUCUGUCUCUCUCUCCCUAGACCUCAGUUUCCGUCCAGCAAUGGCGAAUCUAACCCUAGAGCUCAACAUCUACUCCGCGAAAGACCUCGAAAACGUCAAUAUCAUCACGAAGAUGGACGCGUACGCCGUCGUUUCGAUCCACGGCGAUGAUACCCAGAAGAAUCUGAAGAUGAAGACCCCCAUCGAUCGCUCCGGUGGAUCCAACCCCACUUGGAAUCACGCCGUGAAAUUUUCCGCCAACGACCGUUUGGUCCGUGAUGGCCGUUUGACCCUCGUCGUGAAGCUGGUCUGCGAUCGGGUCCUUGGGGAUAAGGAAAUUGGAGAAGUCAACGUCCCCGUUCUCGAGCUUAUCGGCUCGAAUCCGCCAUCACCGUCAACUAACGGUAACGGGAUGAAGUUUGUGACGUAUCAGGUGAGAACUCCUUCCGGCAGAGGGAAAGGAUCGUUAACGUUCUCGUACCGGUUCGAUUCGGGUCCGGUUAAAUCGGAUCUUCCUGCUCCCCCGGUUUAUACAAACCCGGCGACAUCGGAUCUACCAGUUCCGGUUUAUCCUCCACCGCCGCCGGUUUCUGCUUAUCCAUCUCCGCCAUCACAGCCGCAAUUUGGGUAUCCUCCGCCUGAUCAGCCGCAGCCUUAUCCCGAUAAACCGGUUUCCCUCUACCCGGACCCAGGAAAAUUGGGUGAACCGGUCAAGUUGGAUGAGUCAGUCACCGCUUACCCGCCUCAACCGACCGGUUCGAGCUGGGUUCCUCCGGUUCAAUUUGGCGAACCGUUCACCACGUAUCCUCCUCCACCGACCGGUCCACCGCCGGCUUACGGUACGCCACAGUAUCAUCCCUACGCGUAUCCUCCGCUGCCGCCUGAAAAGCCCGGCCACGCGUACUAUCACGCGCCACCGCCUCAUCCGAGUUACGCUUACGUGGCGGCUCCUCCUCCGCCGGGCAGCUACGGGUACGGAUAUCCGCCACCACCGCCGCCGCUGCAGCGGAAGAAUAAACCGGGGCUUGGACUAGGGGCGGGGCUUCUGGGGGGAGCGCUUGGUGGGUUGUUGAUCGGUGAUAUUGUAUCUGACGUGGCAGACAUUGGGUUUGAUUUUUAAUUUUGUUUUGGGCCCAUUGAAAAAUCUUAGUUCAAAGUUUUUAACGAGUUGAGACAAAUGAGAACAUGUUAUUUCUCUCUUUUUUCUUUUUGGGAAAUGUUUUUUUUUAAAUGUGUAAUUUGUUCUUCUUUUUUUUGUUUACUUCUCUUUAUGUUGAUAUUGUCUUUUGUAAUUUAUAUGACGAUUUCUCCUU